AACGGGGGGGCCAAGAAAGUAAAAGACAAAUCGCAGCUAGCAGCCACUAGAGGGCGCGUGGACAAUGAAUCCUCUCUUAGGACAAAAGAGUGCAUGAGGGCAAGGACCAAUCGCGGAUAACCGAUUUUAGGCAAGAUUUGACCUUAUGUGGUUAGGAAUAGGAUACAACGGUCACAUUAACUUUCGUACUGUAUGAAAAUACACUGGUUUUUUAACGUCAAAAAAAAGAUAGUUCAAGAAGGUUCACGGCAUCCGAAACUAAAAAAAGCAUUACUCGCAAUGCGAAUACAUAAUAGUAUGCGUUGCGAUUCCUUUCUCCACGGAUGCUUCGAUUUAAUUUCAGCAUUCGAAAAACAGUUAUAGUUCAAAGAUAUUUACAAAAUGGCGCAUACAGCCAGCAGUAGGUGAAACUCGGAUCGAAGCUAUACGCGUUAUCUGUGUACUGAGCGGAUACGUGAUACGAUAUUGAUGUUUCAUUAUUGAGCUGUCACGCUCUUCUUCUUCGGUGUAAGGAUGUCCUCAACCAGUGCAGACUUUUUCAAAGAUUGCGAGAGUAGUGACGAUUUAUUCUCCAGUACGAAAAGUAGCCUACUUUUGCCGUCCAGUCUUACGGAUUUGUCUUCACAAUCAAAUGCAGAUUCGGCGGAUGAUGUACCAUUGGAAUCCUUAGCGUGGGAUAAGGAUUUGGUAGAUUUGUUUAACGAAUUUACCGACGCGGACAGUAAGCACAAAGACAGCCGGGAAGAACAUUUGUCCGAAGACGAUGCCAGCACUCGAAUUAAACUCUCACACCUGGACAAUUUAGUGUACGAAACACACAACGAAUCGAAUACAUCAUCUGUAGAAACCUUCCGAACAGACAAUUGUUCAAACAAAACACACGGAAACGAUUGUUUUGCGUUGGUUCAGCGCGAACAUUGUAACCUUCGAGAACAACGGCAGUGUAUUACGCCGCACGGUCAAAAGUUAAAUGACAUUAGUACGCAACCGACAGUAAGCGUCACACCGCAUCACACUUACACUGCGAGCUGGGCAGAUCAUUCCACUCAGUUGGAAGAGCAAUGGAAUACUGACACACAGUACGGUCCGGAACAUUUGUCACACAACGGUGAGAAAGAUUCUGGAUACGAUGAAACAAAAGCUGUCACGGAUAAAGAGGACACCUUAUCGCACACGGAUGAAAGCGAAAUAUCCGAACACCAUCGGCAGAUUCAGGUUAGAAUCGUUGAGUUGCUGCAUCAAAUCGAACGCAGUGUUAACGAAGGUACCGCACUGACGAUACGUCGAAAACCACGAUGGGACACGUGCACAAUUGAGAAUGGAAUCCUGCAGACAUCCGACCCGUCACACGAAGGAAGAGCGAUCAGGCCAUCUAACGCACGACGCUUACAGUUGAUGGUGAAAAUAUUGGCCACCAUCUAUCAGCUGCUUGCGACCGGUACCAGCUGCACAAAGCGUGAACUUUACUACCUUCAUCUGGAUGUGGCACAAACGCCAGCCUAUACCUAUGCCGUGCUGGAUGACAUCGGUGCCCUGCUGGAUGCGGAUACGUGGGAAAUGAACGUAUUCAACACCUCGAAAGGAUUGAUCGCCGGACCGAUGGUACUGAUAUUGAGCGAUGGUCUAACGAUCGACUGUAGCACCAAUCGAUGGGGCACGCCGGUACCGUUGGAUGUGAGCAGCGUGGUAGAGUUACGAACGACCGCUAAGAUGGUGUUGGUCGUUGAGAAGGACACUGUCUUCAAGCGGUUGCUCGAGGAUGGAAUUUUGAAUCUCUUUCCCGAGACGCUUGUUCUUGUAACGGCUAAAGGAUAUCCGGAUGUUUCCACAAGAUUACUAUUGAAAAAGAUUGCAGAUUGGGCGAAGGUUCCUAUUUACGCCCUGAUGGAUGCAGAUCCCCACGGUAUAGAGAUAUUUUGCAUCUAUAAAUUUGGUUCUUUGGCAAUGGUACAUCAGCAACGUUCCUUGGCGGUGCCGUCCAUGCGGUGGAUUGGACUAUUUCCGUCCGAUAUAGAGCUACUGGGGCUGCAGGGUGUACCGCUGCGUGAUCGUGAGCUGAAGAGAAUAGAGCAGAUGAUCAAGCGUCCGUACACGGAGGGUCACAUACAGCGGGAACUUUUACUGCUAAGCCAGCUGGCAACUAAGGCGGAAAUCGAAAGUCUUUAUAACAUUGCUUCCGAUUUUAUCACAACCGUAUAUUUGAAGGGUAAAUUUAAAGAAUGUUUUAAGAAUAGUACGCCUAAUGUUAUGCAGUAAAACCAAUCAUUCUCGGUUUAAAUCUCCACUGGAUCGUGGUUUUUCAUAGGCAGGAAGAGCUACUCGCUAAGAUGCAAAAGGAUUCUAUAGAUAUUAAUUUAAACAAUCAAUGAUUAAUGUUAAAGAAGUAUCCAAACAUCAGUUGAAUUAAAUCAUUUAUUCUAUAGAACUUGAACUGCUUUAGUUCUUAAGUUUAGUUCUUAUCAAGACCAGGGUCGGAGCAGGCGGAGUGGCAGAGUCAGGGGGACCUCGAAGAACGGAAAUGUGUAUUAGUGUAUUGGUAGCAAAAGAGACAUUUCUUUUGUGCCACGGCCCCCUCACCAACACGCUGGUAUGGGAAAGGUGCUUCGUUUUCUAACUAAUUCAUUACCUCAUGAUCGAACCAUUGUUCCUUUAAAUCGAUUUUCUACUUAUCACAAAACGAGUGUUUUAUGUUAUUUAAAUAUUUAUAUGCAUAUGCAUACAUUUUCCAUGCCACAAAAAUAAGACCGCAUUCGAUCGCAAGGAAGCAAAGAGUUUUUUUUACCAAGCUUUUUUCAUUCGUCUCUCUAGGAGGAGCGAAGUGUGAGCGAAAGAUAAGAUCGGGCGACCGCUUCGGCAAUUACAGUUGUGUAGGUGUGUCGUGAUAACGAAGCAGGAGAGAUAAUGUUAAUGAGAAAAGGAGAAAUUGUGAUCAGUAGCGAUCGGACCGCAGUACAUUCGGGUUGUGAAAAAAGGCUUCCUGCACAUGGGACAUUUUUGCAUAAAUUGUGUUGUGUUUUUUUGAUGCCCAAAAAUAGCUUCGUGGAUCUUAUUCUAUUAAUACAAAUUAUUAGUAUUUCAAUUCUUGUGAA